AUGACUGGGCUGAAUGAUCCACCAUCAGGAGAGUUUCUCAGGAAAAUACUGAUCACAUGCAACCACCGAAACGCCGAGGAGGCUCCAAGAAGAAGAGAACGGAUAAUUGUCCUACAUUUCGGAAACGAGAACGUGUUCCUCGAUGACUGCAAACUCGUGUUUAAGGCCAAAUCGAAAACCGGGGACUACCGUGAUGAGAUGAACAAGGAGAACUUUACAAAGCGGCUGGAGACACAGUUUAUACCAAACGCACCACCAGCAUCGGUAUUGGUCAGUGACAACGCCCCGUACCACAGUGUACAAGAGGAUCAAUUACCGACAAUGGCUACGACAAUUGCACACAUCCAGCAGUGGCUGCAACGGAGAGGUGUGCAAUACUCCAAUGAUCUGAAAAAACGACAGCUGAUCGAUCUCUGCAAAACUCACCAGCCGGCGAAACACAUCUUCUCAGUAGAUCAGAUCUUGGUUAGAUAUAGACACUCUGUGAUACGGUUGCCACAGUUUCAUCCAGAUCUAAAUCCAAUAGAACUCAUCUGGGCUACUCUGAAAGGUUAUAUUGCCAGGCGAAACUUAAGCUUCAAGUUGACUGACGUGAAACGCCUCGUCCAGUGGGGAUUACAAUCAAUUUCAAGGGCAACAUGGGCGAACUGCUGCAGGCACGUGACAGAUAUAGAGGCACGGCUCUGGCGGGAGAACAUAGCUCCAUCUGAGAAGGCACAGACUCCGGUGUUGAUCGCACUGACCGGAACUGACACUGAGGCUACUGAUUCAGCGGAUGAGUCUACUGACACUGCGCCUGGCACAGAGACAGACACGGAUCCAGGAUCAGAGAAGACACGGCACCAGGAACAAUGUAUUUAUACUUGCUUUUUGAAUGUGCAUCCAACAUUAAAAUGA